GAUCUCGCGGGAUUUCCCAUGGUGGAUGAGAAAGGUAGUUGUUUAGCACAGCCCAUGAUUAAAUUGUUCCAUCUGGGAUCUCUAUCCCCCUAUUGCAGUUGAAAUGUAAAAUGGUAAGGGUUAUUGUUAAGGCGAGGGUAAGAGCAGGGGUUAAGGUUAGGCACUGACCAUUUCAUCACCGCGCACCGGGCACUGCACAGGUGGCGUCAGCACCCUUCUGGUGAGCGAGCGCGCCGCUGUUUUUGCGUGACCUGAUUGGAGAAUUAGACGGGGCCGCUCUCUUCCAUCAGUUCGGUAUCUACCCGGUAACCCGGUCCACUCACACAAUCAUUCAGGCCACCCCACCCACUUUCCCCGCUACCGGCAUCAACAAUCGUCCACCGGAGUCGAUGCUAGCUGGAAAAAGAAGAGCAGAAAUGAUGUCGGUCUCGGUGGCGUUCAUUGGAGUGCUGAUGCUGCAUUUGGUCUCCUCACAGAACGAGCCUUCCAUCAACUCGUCGGACCACAUCAUGCUGCCCACUGAUCGCCACAGCCUGCCCAUCACUUUACAGUGCAACCUAACUUCAGCCCACAGUGCCCACAUCGAGAGCUUCUGGAUGAAGAAUGGGGAGGAGAUCCAAGAGACCCGCGGAGAGAGAGCCAACACUGAGUACUACCUGAAGAAGCCCAGAGGAGAGGAUGCAGGGGAGUACAUGUGUGUCUACACCUUCGAUCAGGCCCCAUCUGCUAACGCCACCAUCGAGAUUAAAGCGGGUCCUGACAUCAUAGGCCACAAGCGUAGUGACAAUAAGAACGAGGGCCAGAAGGCCUUGCUGUACUGUAAGUCCACUGGCUACCCCUACCCUAUCUGGACCUGGCGCAAACUGGAUAACGGGUUCUACAUGGACAUCAACAACUCCUCCGGCCGUUUCUUCAUUAACAACAAAGACAACUACACUGAGCUGAGCAUCAUCAACCUGGACAUCGGCUCCGACCCGGGGGAGUACCAGUGUAAUGCCACCAACAUGAUCGGCACCUCGUCCAUCGUGUCUGUGCUGCGGGUCCGGAGCUACCUGGCCUGGCUUUGGCCUCUGCUGGGCGUCCUGGCCGAGGUCAUUAUCCUGGUCGUCAUCAUCGUGGUCUAUGAGAAACGCAAGAAGCCAGACGACAUACAAGACGAUGACGAACCAGCUGGACCAAUGAAAACUAACUCCACCAACAACCACAAAGACAAGAACCUUCGUCAGAGGAACACAAACUGAGCAGAUUGAUGUCUCAUUAUUAAUAAUAACACAUUAUACAUGUAUUGACCAUAUGAAGGUAACCAGGAGAGGGAUCCAUAGCAAUGUGUUAAUGAGGAGGAGGAAGAGGAGGAGGAAGAGGAGCUACUGUAAAUGUCUUUAUUGUAUGAUGAGGCAUGCCUUCUGAUUUGAUUAUCUGUCUAUCGUGUGAUGGGGGUGAAGAAGGUGAUCAAUGAAUGUGAUCCCCAUAACAUUAUGAAUGGUUUACGAAGUGUCUACGAAGCAUUAUAACCAUUGUGGCUGCAUGCAGUUAUUGAUUGUUGCUGUUUAUUUAUUUAUUAUUUAUUCUUAUCAGAUUCUUAUCAUUUUCUAUUUUUUACUAAUUCUGAAGUAACGCAUGCAAGGUAUUCUAACCUUCUGUUUGGUGUAGACAUGACAUGACUUUACUUUUUGCUCUCCGUCUCAAAGGGCACCCUAGUCCAUAUACAGUGCACUACUUUUUGACCAGGGGCCUGAGUCUCAAAUCCAAAAUAGCACCCUAGUCCCUAUAUAGUGAUCUACUCUUGACCAGGGCCCACAGGGUAGUGCACUGUAUAGGGCAGGGGUAUUCUGACCCUACUGUAUAGGGCAGGGGUAUUCUGACCCUACUGUAUAGGGCAGGGGUAUUCUGACCCUACUGUAUAGGGCAGGGGUAUUCUGACCCUACUGUAUAGGGCAGGGGUAUUCUGACCCUACUGUAUAGGGCAGGGGUAUUCUGACCCUACUGUAUAGGGCAGGGGUAUUCUGACCCUACUGUAUAGGGCAGGGGUAUUCUGACCCUACGAGGUCCGGAGCACUGCUUGUUUUCUGUUCUACAUGAUAAUUAUUUACACCCACCUGGUGUCCCAGGUCUAAAUCAGUACAUGAUUACAGGGGAAUAAUGGGAUAAUUUUGGGGAUGAAUUUGAGGGAUAGACUUUUAGAAUAAAAGGUGCUAUCUAGAACCUAAAAAGGGUUAUUUGCCUGUCCCCGUAGGAGAACCCUUUGAAGAACCCUUUUUGGUUCGAGGUAGAACCCUUUUGGUUCAUGGAUCCCAAAAGAGUUCUACCUGGAACCAAAAAGAGUUCUACUAUGGUGGACAGCCGAAGAACCUUUUUGGAACCCUUUUUUCUAAGAGUAUAUAAGGAAUAGGUUUCCAUAGGGAGGAAUAGGUUCCCAUAGGGAGGAAUAGGGUGCCCUUUGAGACGCUGGCCUGGUUUUGUUGACUUUAAGAGUGGCUUCAUGUUUAUAGAUAAUCAUUAUUUAUUUGUGCUGACUAUGAGAAUCUAAAGACUUUGCAAUGUAAAAGAAAAAUCGCCAGAUAUCGUAAUCUGGUAUGACAGUAAAUCUGUACAGUUCAUCAUUCUGCUGCAUACUAUUUCAUAAGUUGGUAACUUGUUUAACAUUUCAUCAGAUUAGAUUUGGUUUACAUUUUAACGAGGGCUUUACAAUGUCCCCCGUCUUUUGACUUUGAUUGAGAAUUCCUAUAUUUUACAUGUUCUGUAUGUAUGUCUUUAUGAUAUCACCUUCGUAUAUAAUGAUAUAUGAAGGAUAUUCAUUCCUAAGAUGCACUUAAGUGUUGAAAAAGAAUGGGAAUUUAAAAAAAAUCUGUAUGAAUUUCAUUCGGUAGCUAAGCAACUGAACUCCGCCCAAUCCUAACCCUAUUGCUAGAGUAUGUGUAUUGUGUAUAGCAUGGCUAUUAUCCUAUGCAAUAAUAAUAAUCAAUAUUGAUAUUUAUAUAUACAAGUCCCUCUUAGCAGCUUUAGAUUUUACUGAGUAAGACAUCUUUAUUAGAGUAGGGGUAAUCACCUUAAGAGCAUUUAUAGAUACCGUACUGCUCAGCUGUAUGCUGAUCUAUAAUCAUCUUAAGAGCAUUCAUAGAUACCGUACUGCUCAGCUGUAUGCUGAUCUAUAAUCACCUUGAGAGCAUUCAUAGAUACCGUACUGCUCAGCUGUAUGCUGAUCUAUAAUCACCUUAAGAGCAUUCAUAGAUACCAUACUGCUCAGCUGUAUGCUGAUCUAUAAUCAUCUUAAGAGCAUUCAUAGAUACCAUACUGCUCAGCUGUAUGCUGAUCUAUAAUCACCUUAAGAGCAUUCAUAGAUACCGUACUGCUCAGCUGUAUGCUGAUCUAUAAUCACCUUAAGAGCAUUCAUAGAUACCAUACUGCUCAGCUGUAUGCUGAUCUAUAAUCAUCUUAAGAGCAUUCAUAGAUACCAUACUGCUCAGCUGUAUGCUGAUCUAUAAUCACCUUAAGAGCAUUCAUAGAUACCGUACUGCUCAGCUGUAUGCUGUAUCAGUUGAUCUCUAUAUAUGACAAUGAUAUACAGAUAUACUGUGGCCUUCAGAAAGUAUUCAUAACCCUGGACUUAUUCCACAUUUUGUUGUGUUACAGCCUGAAUUCAACAUGGAUAAAAUAUAUUUGUUUUUUUCUCACCCAUCUACACACAAAACCACAUAACGACAAAGGGAAAACAUGUUUCUAGAAAUGUAGCACAUUUAUUGAAAAUUAAAUACAGAAAUAUAUCAUUUAAAUAUGUAUUCAGUCCCCUAAAUCAAAACAUGUUAGAAUCACCUUUUAACAGUGAUUACAGCUGUGAGUCUUUCUGGGUAAGUCUCUUAAGAGCUUUGUACUCCUGGAUUGUACAAUAUUGAACAAUGUUCUUUUUAUAAUGAUUCAAGCUCUGUCAAGUUGGUUGUUGAUAAUUGCUAGACAGCCAUUUUCAAGUCUUGCCAUAGAGUUUCAAGCAGAUUUAAGUUAAAACAGUUACUGGGCCACUCAGUAACAUUCAAUUUCGUCUUGGUUAGCAACUCCAGUGAAUAUUUGGUCUUGUGUUUUAAGUUAUUGUCCUGCUGAAAGGUGAAUUUGUCUCCCAGUGUCUGGUGGAAAGUUUUCCUCUAUGAUUUUUCCUGUGGUUAGCUCUAUUCCAUUUGUUUUUAUUAAAAAGAAAAUCUCCCUAGUCCUUGCUGAUGACAAGCAUACCCAUAACUUGAUGCAGCCACCACCAUGCUUGAAAAUAUGAAGAGUGGUACUCAGUAAUGUGUUGUGUUGGAUUUGCCUCAAACAUAACGCUUUGUGUUCAGGACAAAAAGUUAAUUGCUUUGCCACAUUUUUUGCAGUUUUAUUUUAGUGCCUUAUUGCAAACAGGAUGGAUGUUUUGCAAUGUUUGUAUUCUGUACAGGCUUCCUUCUUUUCACUCUGUCAAUUAUGUUAGUAUUGUGGAGUAAAUACAAUGUUGUUGAUCCAUCCUCAGUUUUCUCCUAUCGCAGCCUGUCACAGCCUCGAACUGUUUUAAAAUCACCAUUGGCCUCAUGGUGAAAUCCCUGAGCGAUUUCCUUCCUCUCCAGCAACUGAGUUAGGAAGUACGCCUGUAUCUUUGUAGUGACUGGGUGUAUAGAUACACCAUCCAAAGUGUAAUCAAUAACUUCACCAUGAUCAAUGUCUACUUAUUUUUUUACCAUUUACCAAUAGGUGUACUUAUUUGUGAGGCAUUGGAAAACCUCCCUGGUCUUUGUGGUUGAAACUGUUUUUGAAAUUCACUGCUCGACUGAGGGACCUUGCAGAUAAUUGUAUGUGUGGGGUACAGAGAUGAGGUAGUCAUUCACAAAUCACGUUAAACACUAUUAUUGCACACAGGGUGAGUCCAUGCAACUUAUUAUGUGACUUGUUAAGCACAUUUUUACUCCUGAACUUGUUUAGACUUGCCAUAACAAAGGGGUUGAAUACUUAUUGACUCAAGACAUUUCACCUUUUCAUUUGUAAACAUUUCUAAAAACAUCAUUCCACUUUUACAUUAUGGGGAAUUGUGUGUAGGCUAGUGACAAAAUAAAUAUCUACAUGUUUAUAAAUGUUUAAUUCAGGCUGUAACGUAACAAAAUGUAUAAAAAGUAAAGGCGUGUGAAUACUUUCUGAAGGCACUGUGUAUGGGAGCUCGGGGGGAGGCAGUGCAAAAACGGCCUAUUUUAUGUAUGUACGGAUUGACACUUGUAAAGCAAUCCCAAAUCAAUCCCAAAUCUAUCCCAAGGUCAAGAUCAAUCCCAAAUCUAUCCCAAGGUCAAGAUCAAUCCCAAAUCUAUCCCAAGGUCAAGAUCUAUCCCAGGAUCAAUCACAAAAUCAAUCCCAGGAUCAAUCCCAUGAUCAAGAUCAAUCCCAAAUCUAUCCCAAGGUCAAGAUCAAUCCCAAAUCAUUUUUAGGAAUAAAAACCUCUAAAAUGAA